ACAGGAUGAAUAGAAAUCUCUUUUGGGGGAUCUCUUAGUCCAAAUCCUUUAGCUGAAUGCGCGUGUCCCGGUGAGGCUGCUCCUCUAGACGCUGCGGGCAUUUUGCAGACAUCCCACCAACUGCCAUCAGCGACCAAUUAGAAGAUAGGGACAGCUGCACCUGUCACACAGCCCUUCCGACCUUGUGUGUGCUUCAAGUCCGAGAUUCCUGACACAAAGCAGCGUGUGCCCCCCCACCCACUCUGUGGCCACAGCUGGAGUCCUGGGCUGCUGGGUGCUCCAGGUGCCAUACCCCACACACGCAUAGAGCCCGUGGGCUGGCAGCGGGCACCCACAGUGGCCUCUGCAAUGCCUGCCUGGCUGCGGCUCGUUUCCUCACUGCAGCGUGCUCAUAGGAAUGUGGGAGUUUCGCUUGAAGUGUGGGUAAAGAGUCCUGGGGUUGUUUGAGCCAUCCCAGGCCACAGGGCCUCCAGGAAGUGGAGGAAAUGGUAAAUCCAGGGUCCUCUUGGCCACUGCGUUGGCCUCUGCACACUUGGCCCCUGCGGACCCUGGGGCUUCUGCUUUACUGUCUGUGACAUAAACGAGUGACACUUGCUUGCCACCUUCUUGCCGGGAAAGCCAGGCUGGGUUUUCUCAUUUCCACCUUUUCCCUGUUUUACACGAGGGCACGAGGAUGGGGCUGCAGUAUCAGUGACGCACCGUCACCAGCGGGCCACAGAGCUUUGUGUUAGCCCCUCUCAAGCCCUUUAGCUUCUGGAACCGUUUAAAUUCUUAAAAAUUAUACAGGACCCCAAAGAGCUUUUGUUUAUGUGAGCUUUAUCUAUUGACAUUUACCAUACUAGGAAUUAAGAUAACAUUUAAAAUUAUUUAGCUACAUAAAAAUAACAAUAACAAACUUACUGUUAACACACAUUUUAAAAUGAAAAGUGGCUACAUUUUCCAAAACAAAAAACGUGAAUCUUUAGCUCAAUCAAUGUUUCAAAUGGAAGCAUUAUGACAGUCAAAAGCUGGCAACUAAACAUAACUGGCACAAGCUCUGCCACCGAGACAAUGGAGGCCUGAGUAGUAGGCUCCCUGCAGAAUGAAAGGACUGGAGCUGCCAGCAUCAACACCAACGCAUCUCCCAACAAGGGUGAGUGAAAACACACACCUAAAGACCUCAGAGAGCACGUAAGCACACAGCUGUGCAUCCACUCUGAGGGUGAGCCACCAAGCACACGGUGACCCCGGGGAGAGCCCGAAGGGAGUGAAGUAUCUGAAGGAAAGAAGGAAGUGAGCGGUGGGCAAAGGAGAACCCGAGGACCCUGGCACAGUCUCAGCUGCAAACAUCUAGUCUUGCUUAACUGGGGUGCAGAGGCCACUGCACCUCAGGGUUGUCACGAAGCGCCUGACCUCUCUAUUUUAUUACUAUUAUUAUUAUCUUUUUUUUUUGAGAAGGAGUCUUCCUCUGUCGCCCAGGCUGGAGUGCAGUGGCGCAAUCUCGGCUCACUGCAACCUCCACCUCCCGGGUUCAGGCGAUUCUCGUGCAUCAGCCUCCUGAGUAGAUGGAAUUACAGGCAUGUGCCAGCACACCUGGCUAAUUUUUGCAUUUUUAGUAGAGUCGGGGUUUCAGUCACCAUGUUGCCCAGGCUGGUCUUGAACUCCUGGCCUCAAGUAAUCCGCCCGCCUCGGCCUCCCAAAGUUCUGGGUUUACAGGCGUGAGCCACCGCGCCUGAGCCCUCUGAGAGCCCCCGCCUGGCGUCGCUGUAGGCAAAUCCCAAAGAACGUGUCCCUUCAGCAGCUGGCUGGGGUGCCACAAACACUAUCUGUUGUCUUCGCUUUAGUUUGUGUCAAAGUGACUCAAAGUUACACAACACUGGCGGGCGACUGCCCGCCUUUUUACCCUGUGGCCUUUCCCAUCCAGGCGUCCGGAGGGUGAGCCCCUGCCCUCCAGGACCCCUGCCCUCCCGGACCCCUCCCUUCCAGGACCCCACCCGUCUGGGACUCAGGCCUUCCCUGACUCCUCCCUCCCGGACUCACCCCUCCCAGAUCCCUCCCCUCUGGGACCCUCUCCCCUCCCGGGCCCCCUCCCCUCCCGGACUCACCCCUCCCAGAUCCUUCCCCUCCAGGACCCCCUCCUCUCUCGGGACUCCUCUCCUCCCGGACCCACCUCUUCCUGACCCCUGCCCUCCCGGACCCCUGCGGGACUAGAUGUAUACAGCUGAGACCAUAUCACGGUUCUCACCCUUGCUCUACCCUCCCGGACCCCUGCUCUCCCGGACGCGUGGACUCCAGCUCCUGCCUGGGUCCCCAAAGCGCUGAACCCACGGUCACUUCUAUGCGUAGCCCUGGUGCCCGCCGCCCACAGCCGGACCGCACUCCUCGGCCUCCGCCUAACCCCUGGCUCAGCCACGCGAGUGACAGCUCUGCCCGCCCGGGCUGGCGACGCCGAGGGGUGGGCUCGGCCCCACCUGAGCAGGUCCCCAGCGCCCCUCUGAAACCCGCCUGUGGUCCCUGGCGCCGCCUCUAGGGGCCGCCGCCGCUCCCCUAUGACACAGCAACAAUAGGGGCCGCUCUGGUCCAAGCGCCCUGCGGCCCGCGCUUCCGCCGGAAAAGAGCCGCCGGCGCGGGGGCGGACCGGGGAGGAGCGAGUGCGAUGGACGGUCGCCCUCGCCAAUCGUUGGCAGGUUAGAGCCGGCUGCGCGGCCUACGGGGCUCAAUCGGCGGCGAGAGCGGCAGGCGGGGCGGGCCGAACGCGGGCUUCCGGCGGGGUCCGGCAGGCGCCGAGGAGGAAGAGCGAGCCCGGACGGCGCCUCUCGAACGAGUGUGGGCGCGAGGCAGGAUGACGACCUCGGGCGCGCUCUUUCCAAGCCUGGUGCCAGGCUCUCGGGGCGCCUCCAACAAGUACUUGGUGGAGUUUCGGGCGGGAAAGAUGUCCCUGAAGGGGACCACCGUGACUCCGGAUAAGCGGAAAGGGCUGGUGUACAUUCAGCAGACGGACGACUCGCUUAUUCACUUCUGCUGGAAGGACAGGACGUCCGGGAACGUGGAAGACGACUUGAUCAUCUUCCCUGACGACUGUGAGUUCAAGCGGGUGCCGCAGUGCCCCAGCGGGAGGGUCUACGUGCUGAAGUUCAAGGCAGGGUCCAAGCGGCUUUUCUUCUGGAUGCAGGAACCCAAGACAGACCAGGAUGAGGAGCAUUGCCGGAAAGUCAACGAGUAUCUGAACAACCCCCCGAUGCCUGGGGCGCUGGGGGCCAGCGGAAGCAGCGGCCACGAACUCUCUGCGCUAGGCGGUGAGGGCGGCCUGCAGAGCCUGCUGGGAAACAUGAGCCACAGCCAGCUCAUGCAGCUCAUCGGACCAGCCGGCCUCGGAGGACUGGGUGGGCUGGGGGCCCUGACUGGACCUGGCCUGGCCAGCUUACUGGGGAGCAGUGGGCCUCCAGGGAGCAGCUCUUCCUCCAGCUCCCGGAGCCAGUCGGCAGCGGUCACCCCGUCAUCCACCACCUCUUCCACCCGUGCCACCCCAGCCCCUUCCGCUCCAGCAGCUGCCUCAGCAACUAGCCCGAGCCCCGCGCCCAGUUCCGGGAAUGGAGCCAGCACAGCAGCCAGCCCGACCCAGCCCAUCCAGCUGAGUGACCUCCAGAGCAUCCUGGCCACGAUGAACGUACCAGCCGGGCCAGCAGGCGGCCAGCAAGUGGACCUGGCCAGUGUGCUGACGCCGGAGAUAAUGGCUCCCAUCCUCGCCAACGCGGAUGUCCAGGAGCGCCUGCUUCCCUACUUGCCAUCUGGGGAGUCGCUGCCGCAGACCGCGGAUGAGAUCCAGAAUACCCUGACCUCGCCCCAGUUCCAGCAGGCCCUGGGCAUGUUCAGCGCAGCCUUGGCCUCGGGGCAGCUGGGCCCCCUCAUGUGCCAGUUCGGUCUGCCUGCAGAGGCUGUGGAGGCCGCCAACAAGGGCGAUGUGGAAGCGUUUGCCAAAGCCAUGCAGAACAACGCCAAGCCCGAGCAGAAAGAGGGCGACACGAAGGACAAGAAGGACGAAGAGGAGGACAUGAGCCUGGACUGAGCCACGCGCCGUCCUCCGAGGAACUGGGCGCUUGCAGUGCAUUGCACACCCUCACCUCCCACCCACUGAUUAUUAAUAAAGUCUUUUCUUUUACCUGCCAA